AUGCCUCAGAAGAAAGUCCUCAUCAUCCUUAGUGAUGCCAAUUCCUUCCCACUGAAGAAGACCCGUGGCCCCGAUGCCGACAAGGUCAUCGACGAGCCCUCCGGCUACUUCCUCAUGGAGCUCGCCAAACCACUCGAGAAGCUCCUCGCCGCCGGCCACGAGGUCACCUUCGCGUCGCCCAAGGGCCAGGAGCCCGCCGCGGACCCCAAUAGUGAAACCCUCCUGGCGUUCGCGGGGAACUUUUACGAACGUAACAGGGAGAAGGACCUCAUCGAGCGAAUGAAGCGUGAGAACGGCUUCAGCCACCCGCGUCCCUUCAGUUCCAUCAGUGACGACGAGCUGGCCACGUUUGCCGGCGUUUUCAUCCCUGGUGGUCAUGCGCCGCUGUCUGACCUGGGCACGGACAAGGAGCUCGGUCGAAUCUUGAGGUACUUCCACAAGGAGAACAAGCCCACCGCCGCGAUCUGCCAUGGUCCGUAUGCCUUGUUGAGUACGAAGUACGCUGGUGAUGGGGAGUUUGCGUACAAGGGGUACAAGAUCACCUCCUGGAGCGACGCGGAGGAAAAGCUUAUGGAGAUGAUGCUUGGUGGAGGCAUCGAGAAGGUCGCGUCAGACUUGGCCGCUGAAGGAGCGAUCAUGGUUGAAGGAGCGAAGGAGAAGGUCGGCGGGACGACGUUAGAUCACGAGUUGCUAACAGGCGGCAACCCUGUUGCGGCAGAUGCUUUGGGCGAGAGGUUCCUGCGGAUGAUCAGUGCGUAUUAG